AUGCUUCACGCCAGGGCUAUUUUCCUCGCCGUUUUCUUUUUGACUUUACGCGUUCUCGCCAAACAAUCUACUCCAGUACGUGCUAUAUCCGAAAGCAAGUACACCACCGCACAUUCGCUGGGGGACAGCUACAAGUUCGACCCACGCGAUGGCUGGCAGACCGUCAAUGUCACAAAUCUCCAGUACAAGUAUCCUCGGGAUGCCAGUGUUUCCAAGCCAAAAAGCAGCAAGGCGAUUGCUCCAUCGAAUGGUCUCAGCGUUGCCGUCGACAGCGUUAAGAAUGUUCUCAAGGGUCUCAAGCUUAUCGGUGAACCCAAACCAGUCACCGUCACCUGGUACACGGGCCAAGACUUGCAAAAUCCAAGCUGCUGGGCGAACGGAAAAUGGGCACCAACGGACGAUUCUUUCGCAUGUGCACUGACGAUGCAAGGGUGGACCGGCCGACCAAAGUGCUUCGAGUUUUUGGAACUGUGCAAUUCGCCGACCAAGUGUGUAUACGUACGCGUUGUGGAUACAUGCGCGGGUUGUCAAGCAGGCUCAAAGCACGUCGAUCUUACGCAAGCAGCGUUUAAGCAACUCGCGACCUUGGACGAGGGACUUCUCAAGAAUGUUCAACUAAGAACAGCAGCAUCAGAGCCAGAUGACUGGUAA